AAUUUCACUUUUCACAGGACGAAGAGCAAGAGGACAAAAAAGAACACUCUUUUUGUGAUUUUCAUUUUGAUAUUUUGAAGAUAUGUCGUCGUCGUCGCCUGUCUGCGUCUCUUACCUGCCUGCAGACACAAAAAAUUAGGUUCCAUCAAUUAAUUAUUGGAAACAUGUAGCUGAACUUUGUUAAUUCCGGAAUCAUUCGAAAAUAAGAAGAAAACUAAGACGACAACUGCUCAGCUUAAAAAAAUGGCCAGCAUCUAUUCAUACACAAGGGAAGCUGUUCGUGUUAAAGUCAAGAAAUGUGAACCAAAUCUUCCACCUGAAUGGAGAAAGUUCAGCGUCGACCCACAAAUCACAUCGCUCGAUGUAUUGUACAGCAUUCUUGCCAAAGCGUUUGACAUCAAGUCUGACUUCUCUAUCAAAUACAAAGCCUUCGACCCGGCUGGCAAUGAAAUCUACUUGGCAGUACUGUCCGACUGGGAUUUGGAUGCAGCGUUCCUUCGCAUCCACAACCUCUCAAUUCAGACCUCGACCGAACCGUGUCUGAUUUUGCAGAUAGACAUAAAACCUUUUACUGAAGUGCGUGACUGGGAGGCCGAGACGCCGCCAGCUACCUUCGGAUCGGGGGCGCGGGAGAUAAUGCAACCCAUUCAGCAGUCGAUUGGCAUGAGCCAGAAGUAUGUUCAAAGCAUGCAAACCAAAUUGCCUGGGCUGAUAAUGAACCAAAUGGAGAAGACGUUCUCUAUUGUGCAGAAGGCCUUCAACAUGAACGAUGAACCUUUAUCUCAACUACCACCUCGUCCUCCAUUAUCUGACAGCGAGUUUCGAAUGUUUCUCGACCCGGUCGGACAGAUUUUGCGGCAGGAUGAGCUGCGUAAGGUGAUUUUUUUGGGUGGAAUCGAUCCGAGUCUGAGGCGUGUCGUGUGGAAGCACAUCCUGAACGUCUAUCCGAACGGAAUGAAUGGACGGGAAAGGAUGGACUACAUGAAGCGAAAGUCGGACUAUUACGUUAAGCUACGCGACACAUGGAAGAUUGCCGUAAAGCGCGGCUGCGUCGACAGCGAGUUGUCUUAUGUCACAAGCAUGGUAAAGAAGGAUGUUCUCCGAACGGACCGCUUGCAUCCAUUCUAUGCUGGUAGUGAUGACAACCAGAACAUAGCAUCCCUCUUCAACAUCCUGACCACAUACGCCCUUAAUCACCCGUCGGUGAGCUAUUGCCAAGGAAUGUCGGACAUCGCAUCUCCUCUGCUGGUGACCAUGAACGAUGAGGCCCAAGCGUACAUCUGCUUUUGUGCCAUCAUGUCCCGAGUGCGGGUAAAUUUUAUGCUUGACGGAAUCGCUAUGACGCAGAAAUUCACCCAUCUCACAGAGGCAUUGAAUUUCUAUGAUCCAGAAUUCUAUGAGUAUCUAAAGCUGCAACAGGCCGACGAUCUGCUCUUCUGCUAUCGUUGGCUUCUAUUGGAACUGAAGCGGGAGUUUCCUUUCGAGGACGCCUUGCGUAUGCUCGAAGUGCAAUGGAGCUCAUUAAAAUAUGAGUCGUUGACUGGGGAAUUAGCCCUCUACGAGAAGGAAUUCGAGCCGAUUCUACCAGAGGAGCCGCCACCUGCUAGUCCAUCGUAUAUUGUCGCGAAGCCUAGAGAGAACCCGUACACGAAAAUUUGCGCCUUGCGUCGCCAGAGCUCUUCGGUGUCGCUUAGUUCUACAUGCUCGUCGCAAAAUCUCUCUACUUCGUUUACAAAUUCUCCAGGUGGGCGGUUAGACGGUACGAAGCGCCUCAACCAAAGUAUGGACGAUAACAUUUCUUCAAGAAGCAUACGAAAGAAUCGAAAUGUUUCCAAAGCCCAUCAGAGUCUGGACGAGUCGAAAAUGAUGAUGCUAAUGGAGCAUUUAAAUGAAAAUGGCCACAAACUAACUUCCACUGAACUGAGGAAUUUCGAUGAGUUCAGAGAAACUUCUGUGGAAGGAGAAACUGAAGACGUUGAAAACGUUCACGGUGAAUAUGCAGAAGAAGAAGAGGAAGAUUUUGUUUUCCAUCCAACAAAUCCGUUUAUGGAAGAUGUUGGAAAGCAGAACGACGACGAUCAAGACGUGCUUCCAUCAUCAACUAUUGCUGCUACCACCACAACAAAUGCCUUUCUCGAUAGUACCGACACAGCCAGUGAGGACGGCAACAGUGAAGAAAAGCGUACAAUUCCAAAGAGCAUCAUGAAACUGCACAACAAAAACAUUUUCUCCAACUACAAUGCUGUCAGCAAUAUAAUUGCAAAGCAGAUAACGAGUACCAGUGGAGGAGUGCAGGCUCAGACACACGCACAGGCAGGAAAAAGAGGUGGUGGUCAUUUUAAAGAACUUAAGGAGAAAAUAGUCGCCAACAAGAGAGGAGGCAAGGGAAUUGGGGGCUCUCACAAACUAGAGAGAUCCAAAGGAGCAGCUAUAAGUGACGAUACUGAUACUGGAAAAGCAAAUCGGGCACAGCCUAAACUUAUAAAAAAUUUCAAUGAAUUCCUAAAUUUAUCUUCGAUAAAUCGAACUCGUAUGAUGUUGGACAAGCAAUCCUCAAGUUCUCAACCAGCAGGUAUACGAACCGAUAGUUCGGUACUAAAUCCACUGCUUAAACUAUCGAGAGGAAUUUCCUCUGUUGAGGACUCUGAUUCGUCAACAGCAGAGACCUGGAGCGAUACGAUGAUGGCGCAAAAUUCUUCUGUUUCGCCGGUGCCUUCAGCGCUUAAAUUGCAAUUGGAUUUAAAAAGGGACUUUCUUCAAGAAUUUCCACAAAAGAUCGAAAACGAUCCAAAUAUAACUCCCGAUGAUAUUCAGGAGCAAGAAUAUUAUCCAAUGACCACUGCAAUGACACGUGAAUUACGCCUCGAAAUGGAGAAUUUGGAUCGACAAGUCUUUGGUCCAUCAACGGUUAUUGUUGAACCUCCGCCAAUAACGUCGGACAUUGAAUAUGAAAAACUAGAUAGGGAUUCAAUGGACUUAGUUGAGGACCUAAAAGAGGAUGAAAUUAUAACAUGUCCCGACAUAAACGAGUUGAUUGUUCGGCGUAGAGAACGUGAUGCCCGAAAUUUAGAUGCGGCUCAACGCAUCAGCACAUGCAGCAGCACAAGAUCAGAUGUUUUUGUUUGGGAAAAUCCUCUGCAUCAGAUGUCCAAUAAUUCAAGUUGUAAUUUCAAUGAAAUACUGGAUCCCAGUGAAGCAUCCUCUCAACCUCCUGCAGUGGAACAGUACGAGGAAGAAGUUUUCCAAUUUGGCACCGACUCCACUACCAAUACCGAACAACUCAUUCCAUUAAUUGAUAGCCUAAAUCCUUUUAUUGAAGCGGUCAGCUCCACUACCACACCCGAACCACUCGUAGAAGCACAAUCAAAAUGCCCCGAUCUAGAGGUCGAAGAAGCCACAACAGCUGAUAUCACAUUCUCGAAGGGUGCUCCUACCAACAGUAACUUCCUACCACCGCCUAGUGAACUUGGCGGCGGCCAUCCAUUCCUCAUUUUCUUAUGCCUCACUCUUCUGCUACAACAUCGCACACCGAUUAUGAAAAGUGGCAUGGACUACAACGAGAUUGCUAUGCACUUUGACAAAAUGGUUCGCAAGCACGACGUCACCCGAGUGCUAAACCAGGCCCGCUGCAUGUAUAUUGACUACAUUAAAAACCAAAAUGCACGCACCACUUUCUCUGAAAAAGAAAAAAACAACACCAGCAGCAGUGGUACUUUUAACUCGACGACUUCUUAGACAACUAGGCAACCAAGCACAGAUUUACACAAUUUGUUAAUCAACAACAGCUAGCUUGUAUGUACUUGUAACAUUUUUUCCCUAUAAAUUCCAAUUCCAAUUUAAAUCAAACAAACAAAUUCACUUAAUGUACACCAUCAACCAUCACUUCAACUUCAACCUACACUUCACACAACACACAACUAUUAUGCAUUUAAAUGGAAAGAGAAAAAAUAUAUUUAUAUUUAAAUCAAAUUAAAGUCUGAUCGCUUGUUAUAUUUUUCAAAAGAGCAAACAUUAAAAAAAUAAAUAUAAAAAGAAGCAAACAACAAUAUAUUAUAAUACAUAGCUUUAAACCUAAAUUUUAAAUCUUUUAUAAGUAAGAUAUUUGUGCGUAUGUUCUUUCUGAGUUAUGAUUAUUUUGUGUAUUUGUUUUUAAAACGAGUAAGAUUAAUAUUUAAAAGAAAAACAAGAAAAUAUUCAGCUUAAACUAAAGAAUUUAAUUCAAAAAAAAAACAA